AGAGCUCUUUAGUUGGCAUGCCUUCAAAAGAGGUUAUCCUGAUCAAGAAUACCUUGACCUCUCAAAACGUGUAAUUCGUUACUGUCAAGGCUUGCCACUAGCACUUCGAGUUGUAGGGUCUUUUUUGAUUAAAAGAACCGCAUUAGAAUGGGAAAGCCAAUUGGAGAGAUUGGAAAGAAGUCCUCAUGAAGCAAUUACAAAAAUACUGAGAAUAAGCUUUGACGGGCUACCUGACCGUAUAGACAGAAGUACAUUCCUUGAUAUAUCUUGUUUCUUUAUUGGAAUGGACAAGGAAUAUGUCACACAAAUAUUAGAUGGAUGUGGCUUUUCUGCAACGCUAGGAAUCCCUAUCCUCAUUGAACGGUGCCUUGUAACUGUUAGUGAGCAAAACAAGCUGAUGAUGCAUGAUUUGCUUCGAGACAUGGGAAGAGAGAUCGUUUAUGAAAAUGCCGACGGUCACCCUGAAAAUUUUAGUAGAUUGUGGAAACGUGAAGAUGUAACAGAUAUAUUGAGCGAUAAAUCUGGAACUAAAAAAAUUGGAGGAGUUGCUCUAGAUUCGGAUCUAGAUAUGACUAGAUUCAGUGCACAAGCAUUUACCAACAUGAAAAAACUGAGGUUACUCCACCUCAGCAGAGUAGAGCUCACUGGAGAGUUCAAAGAUUUUCCCAAAAAUUUAAUGUGGUUGAGCUGGCAUUAUUUUCCUUUAGAGUCCAUGCCAGAUGACUUUCCUAUGCAACCAAAACUAGUUGUUCUAGACCUGCAGUAUAACUCACUCAAAAUACUUUGGAAGGAUUGCAAGUUGCAUCAGAAUUUGAAAAUCCUUAAUCUCAGUCAUUCCUAUCUGCUAACAAAAUCACCAGACUUUUCAAAACUCCCAAAUCUCGAGGAAUUGAUAUUGCAAUCCUGUUGGAGUUUGUCUGAGGUUCACCCAUCCAUCGCGGAUCUUGGAAGACUUUCUUUGGUAAAUCUUGAAUGCUGCUACAGUCUAAAGGAUCUCCCACUGAAUUUCUAUAAAUCCAAGUCUAUUGAAACUCUCAUACUGAAUGGUUGUUUAAGAUUUGUAAACUGGGCUGAUGGCGUAGGGGACAUGGUAUCAUUGACAAUUUUGAAAGCAGAUCGCGUAGGCAUAAGACAAAUUCCAUCUUCCAUAAUAAAAUUGAAGAAGUUGAGAAUUUUAUCUUUAUCUGGCUGCUGGUUUAUUAAGGAUGCAAUCCAUAUGGAUCUAUGUGGCCUAACUUCCUUAGAAGAUCUGCUUCUUGGAGACAAUGACUUUUGUAGCCUACCAAGUCUCGCUGGUCUUUCAAAGCUCAAACUCUUGUGUGUAAAUGCAUGCAAAAACCUUCGUGCAAUCCCAGAUUUACCAACCAAUUUGUAUGUUCUGAAAGCAAAUGACUGCCCAGAAUUGGAAACAAUUCCAGAUUUUUCAAAAAUGUCGAAUAUGAGAGAAUUGUAUCUAAGUGAUUCGUUCAAACUUACUGAGGUUCCAGGCUUGGAUAAGUCAUUAAACUCCAUGACAAGGAUUCAAAUGGAAAAGUGCACUAAUCUCACUGCCGAUUUUAGGAAGAAUAUCCUACAGGGAUGGACUUCGUGCGGAUAUGGUGGCAUUUUUCUCAGUGGAAAUGAUAUUCCUGAUUGGUUUGACUGUGUCCAUGACGAUGAUAUUGUGUAUUUCACUGUGCCUCAAAGUGUUGGUCGUAAUUUGAAAGGGUUAACUUUGUCCUUCGUUUACUCUUCAGACUCAUUGUACAGUAGUCUCAUUUGCUUUAGCAUUCGCAUUAAAAUCAUGACCGAGGGUACUGAGCUUGACGUCAGGAUCACACCGAGUGUUGGUCGUAUUUUUCCUUGUGGAACUGACGGUUAUUAUCUUUGGCAGGGACAGUUAUCAAAUGACGAGCUCAAAUUGCAAGACGGUGAUAAUGUCUUGAUUGAAUUAAUAAACGAAUAUGAUUGGGUGCAGGUGAAGGUGAAGAAAACAGGUGUUAUUCUGGUAUGGGACAAAUUUAUGAACGAAAAUAUGAUUGAUUACCAUCUUUGUGCGUAUGAACGACGCUCAUAUCUGGUCAAUGAUGAUGAUAUCAUUCAUGUCGAAUAUGAUAAUCACAUGACAAAAUCACCAGACUUUUCAAAAUUCCCAAAUCUCGAGAAGUUGAUAUUGAAAGGUUGUGAGUACUUGUACAAGGUUCACUCAUCCAUUGGGGAUCUUGGAAGACUUUCUUUGGUAAAUCUUGAAGGCUGCAGAAUGCUAGAGGAUCUCCCACUGAAUUUCUAUAAAUCCAAGUAUAUUGAAACUCUUAUACUGAAUGGUUGUUCAAGAUUUGAGAAGUUGGCUGAUGGCUUAGGGGACAUGGUAUCAUUGACAAUUUUGAAAGCAGAUAACACAGCCCUCAGAAAAAUUCCAAGUCUCGCUGGUCUUUCAAAGCUCAAGGUCUUGUGUUUAAAUGCAUGCAGAAAACUUCUUGCAAUCCCAGAUUUACCAACCAAUUUGUAUGUUUUGAAAGCAAAUGGCUGCCCAAAUUUGGAAACAAUUCCCGAUUUUUCAAAAAUGUGGAAUAUGAGAGAAUUGUAUCUAAGUGAUUCGUUCAAACUCACUGAGGUUCCAGGCUUGGAUAAGUCAUUAAACUCCAUGACAAGGAUUCAUAUGGAAGACUGCACCAAUCUGACUGCCAAUUUUAGGAACAACAUCCUACAGAGAUGGACUUCUUGCGGAUUUGGUGGAAUUUAUUUGAAUGGAAAUUGUGAUAUUCCUGAGUGGUUCAAAUUCGUCAGUGAUGUGGACAAUAUCGUCUUAUUCGAAGUUCCUCAAAGAAUCAUGGGUCGUGAUUUAAAAGGGUUAACUAUAUGCUUCGUUUACUCAAGAUUCUCGACAAGUUCUUAUUGGCGUUAUCUCGAACUUGAAGAUUCUCAAGGUCUUAUUGGCAUUAUCGUUAGAAAUCUUACCAAACAAACUGCUUUGCACACCAAGAUAGCAUUUGCCUCCUUAAAAUCUUCCAGUGAACCUGAAGAAUCUGAAGACGAUUCCGGUGAACCUGAAGAACCUGAAGACUAUUAUCUUUGGCAGGGACAAUUGUCAAACGAUGUGCUCCGUUUGCAAGGCGGGGACCGAGUCUCCAUUCUUGUAAGGCCUGAUGAUGUUGGUUUUGUGAGAGUGAAGAAGACAGGGGUUCAUCUAGAAUGGGACAAAGUCAUGAACGAAAAUAUGGAUAAUCCGGAUCCUCAUUUGUAUGAUUGGGAAACAAAAGGGGAUUUUUGAGGGGGAGUUGAUGAGUCCAUUUCAAGAAAUUGUUGUCACUGAGACGAAUGGUAACCAUACUGAGCAAGCCAACAAUCUUGAUGGAGGAUAGCCAUGAUGAAGCUAGAAUUGAAAUUGAGAGAAAGAAACAGAGAGAAGCACUGAGGGCGUUGAUACAGAGAGAAAUUGUAGUCUUGAUUUCUUUGGCAGGGACAUUUCUGUGGUGACCACGUAUCUAAUCUUGUAAGGCCUCUAGUUGAUUUUGUGAUGGUUAAAAGGAUAGGGGUUCAUCUAGAAUGGGACAAACUUAUGAAGGGAAAUAUCCAUUCGGAACUUGAUUUGUAUGAAUUGGAAGAUGAGCCUUUCGCCCUUGUAUCCAUUCGGAACUUGUUUCGAAAAUUAAUUCUUCUUUUGUUAUCAUCAAGAAUACUACAAACUUCUUUUUGUUUGUCAA